AUGUACUCUCGCGGAUAUGUCCUCACUAUGGGCCUGCUCCAGGCUUUGCCCUUCUCCCACGCCAUACCCGCCCCACAAAUGGGAGACUAUGGUGAGAACUCGGGCUCAGUCGGCGGCGUCGAUCCCCCAAUCCCAACCGUGACGGCCGCUUCUGGGUCAUUGUACGGUGGCGAGGAUCUUCUUGGUGGCAACGCCGCCCUCCCCGACGUCGAAUCCGAUUCAGCCGUCGUCGAAAACCCUCAGUUCGUGGAUGGUCAGUCUGCGGACAGGAAGCUGGGCCUGUACCUUGACUUCAACAGCGUCGAUGCUCCUCAGCCCGAGAGGGGAGGCUAUGGCGCCACCGACCCCGGCCCGCGUACCUACUACUACGAGAAGAUCAACCCCGACGUCUAUGCCAUCCCCGGAACCGACAGCGGUGAUGUUCCCCAGGCCAUGUGGCCCCUGGGAAUGUCCCACAACCGCGCUGGCUCCGACCCCGGCGCUGGUUGGGCACGCCAGCAGAACCAGGACGUCCUGCCCUCUGCCACUGCGAUGGCUGGUGUCGACAUGAGGCUCGGCCCCAACGCCUACCGUGAGCUUCACUGGCACACUGCCAAUGAGUGGUCUUUGAUGCUCAAGGGCUGCGUGCGGGUGUCCACAGUCAACGAGAAUGGUGCAACCAUGGUGGACGAUGUGUGCGCUGGAGAUGUGUGGUUCUUCCCCUCCGGCGUUCCACACAGUAUCCAGGCCUUCGACGAGGGGUGUGAAUUCCUGCUCGUCUUCGACGACGGCGCCUUCUCUGAGGAUGAGACCUUCCUUCUGUCCGAGAUGAUGGCACGUACCCCCGUGAGCGUCUUGUCCAAGAACUUCAAGGCCGACCCCAGCGCUUUCAAGAACAUUCCUCAAGAUGAGCUAUACAUCUUCAACGGCACACCUCAGCCCAAGGAAAUCGACGACACCCAGAACCUCACCUCUUCCGGCGGCUCGCUCGACGGUACCGCCAACUCCUACACCUACCACUGGUCCGAGCAGAAGCCUUACGAGACUCCUGGCGGCUCCGUCAAGAUCCUCGACCCAACGACCUUCCCUAUCGCCUCUAACUUCGCCGCCGCCCUCGUCGUCGUGCAGCCCGGUGCCAUGCGUGAGAUCCACUGGCACACGACCUCGCCCGAGUGGAACUACUUCCUGCAGGGCUCUGCGCGCAUCACAGUCUUCAAGGCACCCGAGGCGGCCCGCACCUUCGACUUCACGGCCGGUGGCGUUGGCUACAUCCCGCAGGCUGCCAGCCACUACGUCGAGAACACUGGCACUGAGGACGUCAUCUUCCUCGAGGUCCUGCAGGCUCCCAAGUUCUCCGAUGUCAGCGCCGCCCAGUGGCUUGCCCUCACCCCCAAGCAGGUCGUCGAGGACCAUCUCGAUGUGCCUGAGGGCUUCUGGGAGAACCUGCCCAAGGAGAAGGAGUACAUCAAGCAGGGCCCUCUCAACAUGACCUCCCUGGCGACCGCAUCCCUUGAUGGUGGUGACGCCGCUUCCGCGACCCCUAGCUCGACCCCGAGCGCGACCCCGUCUUCGGUUGCCAGGAGUAUCAAGGCUGGAAGUGUUCAGGAAAACAAGAGAGAGGUCACCUUCUUUGCUUAA